GGCCGAAUCAUUAGCAUAUAUACUUUGUCAUUUGUUCUUGCAAAUAUCGACAUUCCUUCCUGUAACGUCGGAAUUAGCAAUUUGACAACAUGGAAACAUCUGUCACCUCUGCCGCCGGCGCCACCUUUUUGCCCUCCUCUACCGCCGUCGUUUGCCGCCGACGUCGAUGGAUUUUCCUAUCCAGCAAAACUAACAGACGCGAAUAUACUAUCAAGAGAGGUAUUGAAGACAGUUCUCCCCUUUUCAAUAAAUUUUCAAAGCGAACUGCUACAUCAGUCUCCGGAACUUCAUCGGCUUCAAUGAAGAAGAUGAUCUCGAAUGGAUAUGGUGGUAGAAAUUCGAAUGUCAAAAAGAUAUACAAGCAAUUGGAAUCUUGUUUAGUGAUACCGCCGCCGAGGGGUAAGCCACCUCGCGCUAUCAUCAAGUUCCUCGGCGGCGCUUUCAUCGGAGCUAUUCCUGAAGUCUCUUACAGCUACUUAAUUGAGUUUUUGGCAAAGGAAGGGUUUCUGAUAAUCUCAGUACCUUACAAUGUGACUUUCGAUCAUGCCAAUGCCGCGAGACAAGUAUUCGAGAGGUUUCAUGUCUGUUUGGAUACCAUUUUAGCUUCCGGAUUGCCCGAUGAAGAUAUUUCACCUUCUCAACUCGUUAACCUUCCUCUAUUUUCUGUGGGUCAUAGCAAUGGCGCGCUUCUACAAGUACUCACGGGGAGCUAUUUCUCUGAAAAGAUACCUAAGGCUAAUGCUAUAAUCUCCUUCAACAACAGGCCAGCAACAGAGGCUGUUCCUUACUUCGAGCAGUUGGGCCCUUUAACCAGUCAGAUGAUGCCAGUUGUACAAGCAUCUCCAGUUUACUCAAUGGCUAGGAGUGUCUCAGAGGAUGCAAGGAAGAUAUUGCUCGAUGCUGCUGGAGCUAUUGUUCCAGACAGUGAUCGAGAAGUCUUGAAUUCUCUGACCAAAUUUGUUGAUCAGUUGCCCUCAGUGUUUAACCAGGUGACAGAAGGGGUUUCAGAGUUCAGACCAACUCCAUCUGAGAAUCGAGAUUGCUUCAAGUGUAAUUACAAUGUCCAAAACACUCUUCUGGUGAAGUUCAUUUCAGACACGAUUGAUGAGACCGAUCUACUUGAACAAACACUAAAGCCUCGCGUCGAGUCUAUCAAUGGCACACUUGAGAAGGUUGAGUUAAGUGGAAACCAUAUCACACCAUGCGUACAGAGAUGUAAGAACGAAUUCCUUCUUAUGUGUUCGAUGUGUACCUCCCACCUACAUAUGGUGCAUAUAGAAAGGAGGACCAAUAGUCCCAUCUACAUUGAGCAGAGCCUACUGAGCUCUGAGCUCAUUGCGCCCCAUCAAAAUCCUACACACAUUUAACAAGAUCAACUCAACUUUGAAGCUGCCGCACAAAUUUCAAAGCCAGAUGAAGAACCAAAGAAACAGGUUAGGAGGAGACGCCAUAGCCGGCGGCGGCUUUACAAGGAAGUGCCUCUGGAUAUGGCUGAGGCUAGAAGAGAGAUUGUAACUGCACUUAAGCUCCAUAGAGCAUCAUCAACCAAAGAAGCUGCAAGAGAGCAGCAACAAAAGCAGGACCAAGAAAGUAAACAAUCAUUUCCUCUGUUUCCUGAAUUAGGCCAAUGUUUUGAAGCUGAAGGAAGAAGGAAAUCCAAAAGAAACCCCAGGAUAUACCCAAGUUGUUCGUAUGAUUGCUCAUUUUAUUUGGAAAAUGGGUCUGGUUUUGUUGCUCCUCCACCUGAGAAUCUCAAUACAGAAAUCCCUAUACAAACCUUUGAUGAUGAUUUCAAAACUUUGGAUACUUGUUCUUCAUUUUGUUCACUUUCAUUCUGGCCCCCACCAUCUUCAUAUAUUUGUCCCACUGUUUCUUGCCCUGAUACUCAUCAUCAGGAAUUCCCCAAAUCAGUUUCAUUACGUGAGGAAGAAGGCAAUUUAAUGGCUUCUGAUGUGUUUUGGUUCAAUAAUGACCCAACUGGAGUGAAUGAAAAGGACAUGCAGCAGGAAGCAGUGUUGGAGGAGGAAGCUAUGGCUAUGGCUAUGGAUGAUUUGAAGUCCAUGUCCAUGGACGUGAAAGCUUUAGAGAUUGAUUGUCACCAUAGUUCUGAUAAUGCUAUGGAAUUUCCUGAUUGGAUGAGCAUUAAUGACGAUUCUUUGCAGCAGUAUUCGAAUUAUCAUUUUGUAGAGGAAGAUUGCCUUCAAGAGCCUGACCUAUCCUGGUAUCAAUUUAACUUUUCUUAAUAUUAACGAAAUCCGACCCCAAACUAAAAAAAAAAAAAAAAUCACAUUAGGAGCUAGCUUGUCUUUCAUCUUCUUGUACACUUCUAGUUUCUCCUUUUCUUUUCUUUUUCAUUUUUAGUAAUGAACUGAUUCUCUAGUUGAAUGUAGUUUCUUUUGGGUACCUUUCUUCAUAUUAAUGAAAUUCAUAUUUUU